CAAUGGCACGGAGUUCAAGUUGACGGAUAGGUUUCUGAAAAUUAAGCAUUUACCUCUGAUCUAAGCAACGUCUGUGCUGCUUUUUAAGACUCAAAACAAAUGUCAUUCGCUGAAACGGGAGGCUCUCUCAGUUAACUCACCCCAUGUCCCAAUUUCCCAUUAUCGGGGGUUCCGUUUCCGUUUUAAACUUCUUGCAACUGCUAAAAGGGCAUCGGCUUGGCCUUGUAAUUCUAGUCAUGUCCAACGGCAGCCCACGAGGCCACAUGGUGUAGAAGUUGCAGUUCUCUGACCGUAGUAUUUCUAGGAGUUAGGUCCUCCCUCUCUCUCUCUCUCUCUCUCUCUCUCUCUCUCUCUCGUAUUUGAUAUCAUGAAUCAUUCCUGAAUAUUAUACAUAUUCAUUAAUUUUCUACUUUUUUUUCUUCUUUUUUACCCUGUUUGAUAAGUAACUCGAUCUCUUUAUAAGUCCAACCCCACCUCCCAUUCUUCACCAAACACCCUCUUUUUCCUUUCUCUUCCUCUGAGAAACAUAUAACCCUCCAACCCAUCCUCGAUCUUCUGACAUGGAAACCAUGUCUAUAGCCAUAUCCACUCUUCUCUUCCUCACUUUCGCCUUGUCUUCUGCCUCUGACAUGUCCAUCAUCAGCUACAACACCAACAAUAACAACCAACAUCAGCAAUCAACAGGUCGUAGCGACGCCGAGGUGAUGGACAUCUUCAUGUCGUGGAUGGCCAAGCACGGGAAGGCCUACAACGGGCUGGGAGAGAACGAUAGGAGGUUCGAGAUCUUUAAGGAUAAUCUGAGGUUCAUCGACGAGCACAACACGCAGAACCGCACCUACAAGGUUGGGCUCAACAGCUUUGCCGAUUUAACCAACGAGGAGUACCGUGCCAUCUACUUGGGCACCAGGACUGACCCUAAGCGAAGGAUCACGAAGUCCAAGAAUCCCAGCCAGAGGUACGCUUUCAGGGCAUCUGAAAAAUUGCCGGCGUCCGUUGAUUGGAGGUUCAAAGGUGCUAUUAAUCCCAUCAAGAACCAAGGAAGUUGUGGAAGUUGUUGGGCGUUCUCAACGGUGGCUGCAGUGGAAGGCAUAAAUCAAAUUGCCACCGGAGAACUCAUCUCUCUAUCGGAACAAGAACUUGUGGAUUGCGACAGAGAAUACAACGGCGGUUGCAAUGGUGGUCUCAUGGACUACGCCUUCGAGUUCAUCAUCAACAACGGAGGCAUGGACACCGACUCUGACUACCCUUACCUAGGCGUUGACAACAAGUGCGACCCGGCUAGGAAGAAUACAAAGGUUGUUAGCAUUGACGGAUACGAGGAUGUUCCGGCCUUUGACGAGAAUGCGUUGAAGAAGGCUGUGGCGCAUCAGCCUGUGAGUGUUGCAAUUGAAGCCGGUGGCAGGGCUCUUCAGCUCUACGAAUCGGGUGUAUUUACUGGUGAAUGUGGGUCAGCGCUAGACCAUGGUGUGGUUGCUGUUGGUUAUGGCACAGAGAAUGGGGCGGAUUACUGGUUGGUAAGGAAUUCAUGGGGGACCAACUGGGGUGAGGAUGGAUACAUCAAGAUAGAGCGCAAUGUGGUUGACACGUAUACUGGCAAGUGUGGGAUUGCGAUGGAAGCCUCCUAUCCCAUUAAGAAUACUGACCAAAACCCUUCCCAGGCUGCUGAGAUGUUCAGCAGUGCUUGAAAAAAGUGUCAAUGCUUCUAUUCGAUCUAUUUGAUUACCCAUUUUAUCCCCAUCAUGAUAUGGUUCAUUGUCAUAUAUGCAUGCCCUCUACCUAUUCCUUGCCCUAAAUUUACAAUAGGAUGGCUGGGCUAUUGUUGUCUUAUUUUAUACAUUGAUCAUUGUUGUACAUAGGUUGUCGAAGUUGCACCUCAAGAAUUAAUGAUGAUGUCCAAUUCACUAUCA